CGCAGGCCGUGUGAGAGUUCGUACUCAAGCUCGUGUUGUAAAAAUUUUCUUGGAAAAUUUUUUUAUGGAAAAUUUUUUUUAAUUAAUUUUCCAAUAAACGGUCGCGAUAAUUUUUAGUGGAGUUUCAGGUUAGAAGCCUGUCCGAGCGGGUCAUCCAGCCGUUCCAGUUUAUUAGUAUCAAUACUAAUCAGUUUAUCAACCGAUUCUGAAGAUAGUGUUAGUGUUUUGUGAUUAUAACGUUGAUUUGUCAAGUUUACAUCAAGCCAGCUGAUUGGUUUUUAACAUUCUGGUUGAUAAUCACCUUCAGACAGUCAUCCAAACCCGGUACCACUUGAUAGAACCCAAAAUCACCAACAUCAUCUGGAAUCUCCAACAAGUUUCAGGAUUCCUGAUCGUCUGGUACUUCGGGUAAACUCGGACAACAUCGGAAAAGUUUUGGGUGGUGCUAACGAAGAGAUUGAUACCCAUAAAUUCUAAGUUCCAUGCACCAGACACCUGGAAAUCCUAGAUUUCAUCAAAAAACGUUGGAUCCCUGGAAGACUAUCAACAAGUUGGACGUCUUUUUUGUUCCUACACCUGGAAAAAAGUGUCCCGAAGGUUCUCCAGCUGGAAAAUCCUAACUUGGAAGCAUUGUCUGUGCUACUAAGCCGUUUAAUUGGUGAUAAGUUGAUGAUAAGCACCAAGGAUUUAAAGUGAUGGUGUACAAACAGUGAGUGAAGUGAUAAGACAGUGGUAAAAUGCUACGUCAUCGAGUACGUCGCCGUUUUAAAGUGUGAUAAGUGGUUUUUGUCGAGGUUGAUAGUACUUAUUUAAGUUUUGUUGAUUUUUUGUUUGUUUGUUUGUUGUUGUUGUUGUUGUUAAUAGUUGCUGUUAGAUGAUAAAUUUAAUGGUAAAGGCGUUAUAAAAACGUCAAAGUGGCUUCGUCACUGGGUCUACAGGGGCCGUCAGCGCCUAUCGGUGCCCAAUUAUUGGCAUCAUCUGCGUCCGCGGCCUCAAAGAACGAUCAUGAUAAUAUUUUACCUUAUCACGGGAAUUUAUUGACUGGUGUUAAUAGCACAUUUGUAGCAACACUUGCUAAUAAUAAUAGUUCUAGUGGUAAUAAUAAUAAUUUAAAAACGGUUGUUAAUCCGCCGGGAUUUAAGCCAAAUACGAUGCAGGCCUCGGCUGCAGAGGCCAAUACUCUCGAUCUACAAGCUAUGCAGUCUAUGGAUUGGCUGUUUAAGAAGGAGAGGAUUUUUCUGCUUGCACAAUUCUGGCAACAGAGGGCAACGCUAGCAGAAAAAGAGCUGUCGGCACUGAAGGAAAAAUACGCAGCGAGUGAUAAUUCAAAGACUGAGGGACAGUUGCCCCAAAAUGCACUAACCAGUACUGAGCAUAAUUCCACAGAGAGCAAUCCAAGGAGGUCACCCAGCAACUUGGACCAGGAGCUACAGGCCAAAGAUAAAGAGAUCAACCAGCUAGUGGAGGAGGUAACGAGGCUACAGCAGAAUCUCCAGCGACUCCAAGAGACCACCGCAGCAGCAACUGCCAGACUAGAAGAAGAGCUAGAAUCCAGGCGCCAGCAUAUCAACCGGCUCGAAGCAAAACUAGAGCGGCAACGGGACUACGAUGACCUCAAACGUGAAAUCAGCGUUCUUAGAUCAGUGGAUCUGUCCCAAAUUCCAACUGGAGAACCUGGAAAGAGUCUUGAGCACCUGCUGAUGGAGCGUAACAAAGCUCUUCAACAGGCGGAGUCUCUUAAAUCCUCAACGCCUGACACCGUCGGUGGACUAGCUUCGCCCCUGCACCGCGCCUCAACCGCGUCACCCCACAUCGGAGGUGUUGGUAUUAGCGUCGGUGGUGGAAGAAGCUCAACCCCCGCCCACCCAUCAGCCUCCCGCCUGACCCCAACUCCAACAGGGGCCCAAAACCUCUUGUUCCCACCUCCCCUCCAGAAUGUCGAGACCUUUGGGUCAUUUCUGGGCGAGGAGAUUGUCGCUAAUUGGCGGCGAUCUUUAGAACGCUCGAUAAUGAGCCAACAGAGCUCGACUGGGCAAUCAGUCGCGGUUCAGUCCCUGAGUAUCCAACAGAAUUCCGCCACUGGGGCAAUAGUAACCUCACAAGUUAACGCAGCAAUUCAAUCAUCAAAUCACCCAUCUCCAUCAACAGAUCCAGUAUCAGCGUCGACGACGUCAGUGACAAAUCCACCACCCGCUAAGUCAAUUACGCCGAUAUCCAGCUGCGUUGACGCGUCAGAAAAAGCCCCAACACCAAUUCCUGGUCAUGAGACACCAGCACCUCCAACGCCGACGUCAACUGGGGCGUUGACGUCACCCAGUGCUGCGCCAACCAGCCAGGAGGCUCCCAAUCCUGUCAGCUUCAGCGUCAAUGGCUCCAUCAUUGGACCCAAGAGUCCUGACGAGUGCCACAACAACAACAACAGCCAUCACCUCACCAACAACAACAUUGGACUCAGUGUUCUGGACAGUCUCAAGUCUCCAUUCAGGUUCGAUGACAGGAACCACCCGUUCCGAUUUGGUGAUGAGUUUGGAGCUGCUGGAAUGGCUGGUCGUCUUGGUGAGUCCUUGAUCCCUAAAGGCGACCCGAUGGAGGCCAGGCUUCAGGAGAUGCUUCGCUACAACAUGGACAAGUAUGCUAGCCAGAACCUGGACACUCUUCACAUUGCCAGGCGUGUUCGUGAACUUCUGUCCAUUCACAAUAUUGGCCAGCGGCUGUUUGCCAAGUAUGUCCUGGGACUCAGUCAAGGCACCGUCAGUGAGCUGCUAAGCAAACCCAAACCCUGGGACAAGCUGACGGAAAAGGGCAGAGAUUCGUACAGAAAAAUGCACGGAUGGGCCUGUGAUGAAAACGCCGUGCUGCUUCUCAAGUCCUUGAUACCCAAAAAAGAUUAUGUUUCAGGCAAAGAGCAAGGCAUCCCACCGUUUGCUCGAGCGACAACAGAAGGUCCAGACAUCAGCGACGACAGGAUCGCUCACAUGUUCAAUGAAUCCAGUCAGCAUUUGCAACAACUCUCUCGAGAGCCUGAGACCUCCAAUGACGCUGAUAGCAAGAGUCCAAGCCGACUGGGGUGUCCAAGUCCGUUUGGCAAGGACAGGUAUGACUCCCAAAACCGGAGGAUCAAGAAGUACGAGAACGAUGACAUUCCCCAAGAAAAGGUCGUGAGGAUUUACCAAGAAGAACUUGCUAAGUUGAUGGGCCGACGAGUAGACGACAUCCGGCCGCGAGAUUUCCCACCAAGUGCGAUGUUCUCUCACUUUUUCAGCGCCCAGAAUCUUGGGAUGGAGCGGAGCCAGGACGAUAUCAGAAUGGCUCUAGACGCUUACCACCGGGAGCUCCAGAAAUUAAACGCUCCUGGUCAGAAUCCUGCUCUGACAGGAAUUCCAGGCCUGCCGUCCCUUCCAGGCCUUUUGGCGUUGCACCAACAAGCGCUGCAUCAGAACCACUUGUCUGCUAACGGAGCAGGAGUCCAGGACCUUAGUCUGGGUAAGGUCGACGCCAGAGGCAAGCUGAUGAACGGAGUCUCUGAGGAGGACAAGGAGAAGAUGGAAGAAGCUAUGCGUCACGCUGGAAGCGCGUUUAGCUUAGUGAGGCCCAAGCAGGAACCUGGUACCCAGUCAACUCCUGGUGGUUCCAGUGCUAGCUCACCUCUAGGCAACUCUAUUCUCCCUCCAGCGAUGACACCCAGUGAGGAAUUUGCUGGUACAGCAGCUGCAAGUCCUCUUCAACGCAUGGCCUCGAUUACCAACAGCUUGAUCAGCCAACCGUCCACCCAGACCCACCACUCAGCGAACCAGCGGCCACUCAAGGCGGUUCUUCCUCCAAUCACCCAGCAGCAGUUUGAUCUUUACAAUAAUCUUAAUACCGAGGAUAUUGUUAAGAGGGUAAGGAAAUACGUCAAAGAGCAGCUGUCCCAGUAUUCCAUAUCCCAGAGACUGUUUGGCGAGUCCGUUUUAGGACUAAGCCAAGGGUCAGUUUCGGAUCUUCUGGCCAGGCCGAAGCCCUGGCACAUGCUGACCCAGAAAGGCCGCGAGCCUUUCAUUAGAAUGAAGAUGUUCCUGGAGGACGAGCAAGCGGUCCACAAGCUGGUUGCUAGCCAGUACAAAAUAGCGCCUGAGAAGCUGAUGCGGACCGGAGGCUACGGCGGCCUGCCUCGUAAGUUUAGCCCAGCCUGCGGAACACCAAUGAAGCCAAUGCCACCAACGAAGCUGGUCCAGGAGCAGCUCCAGAACGCAGCAAAGGCCCAGGCAGCGGCUCAAGCAGCAGCUCAAGCCCAACACGAGCUCCAAUUAGGGCCGCCACCCACCCAGAUACCUCAACCACCUCCACCGAUGAUGAUGACUCCGACACAUCACCCUCACGUCCAGCUUACCAUGGAGCUCCAAAAGAAGCAAGCACAGCAGCAAAUAGGUCUCCACUCUCCCCAUCAAAUGACAUCACCACUCCGGAGCUUGCACCCUCACAUCUCCCCGAGUGUCUACGAAAUGGCCGCGCUGACCCAGGACCUGGAUACCCAGACCAUCACUACCAAGAUCAAAGAGGCCUUGUUGGCGAACAACAUCGGCCAGAAGAUCUUCGGUGAGGCCGUUCUGGGUCUAAGCCAAGGAUCCGUCAGCGAAUUGCUGAGCAAACCCAAACCCUGGCACAUGCUGAGCAUCAAGGGCCGCGAACCCUUUAUCAGAAUGCAACUGUGGCUCUCAGACGCUCACAACGUCGACAGACUCCAGGCUUUGAAGAACGAGCGGCGCGAGGCCAACAAAAGAAGACGUUCUUCUGGUCCAGGCCACGACAACAGCUCAGACACCAGCAGUAAUGACACUGCCGAGUUCUACCACGCGGCAUCUCCAGGUCCAGGUCCUCCUUCAGCCAAAAAGCAGCGCGUUCUGUUUUCCGAAGAGCAGAAGGAAGCUCUCAGACUGGCCUUUGCGUUGGAUCCGUACCCCAACGUAGCGACCAUCGAGUUCCUGGCAAGCGAACUAGCGCUGUCUUCCAGGACAAUCACCAACUGGUUCCACAAUCACAGGAUGCGGUUGAAGCAGCAGACUCCCCACGGCCAGCCUGAGCCGCAAUCACCACGUGAACCUGGUCAGCCUUUCGAUCCAGUCCAGUUUCGGUUGCUCCUGAACCAAAGACUCCUAGAAAUCCAGAAAGAGCGGCUAGGACUCGGCAACAUGCCUAUCCCCUACUCGCCGUACUUCAACCCGAACCUGGCUACCUUGAUGACCAACGCCUUGAAGGAACAGUGCUCGGGCCUGGACCUUUCCAUGGGAUCGCUUAAGCGCGAACCCAAUCCGGAGUACGAGGAUGAUGAUGGAGACGACAUGAGCAAUGUAGGCAGUGAAGAUUCUGACGCUUCUGGUGGAAGCAUCAAGCGCGAACCUGAUCUCAAUCAACAAGCCAGUGCUCCUGCUGGAAGAUCCAGCAGACGCAAGCCUGCUGCUCCUCAAUGGGUCAAUCCAGAGUGGCAGGAACCUGCCAGGACUGGGGAUGAGGUCAUCAUCAAUGGUGUCUGUGUUAUGAAGACCGAUGAUUAUGGCGUCAAGCGCGAAGCCGAGGAGACUGUCAGGGUAGAACCUACCCCUGUUUCGGACAGAUACGAUGAUGAUGCUGCCUCCGAAGCCUCCUCUGUGUCCAAUGCGCCUGAGCGAGACGUCCCCACUCCCAGUCCCAGUCUCAAGUCCCAGGGCCAGGCCUCCCCUCCUCCCUCCCCCAGGCCCGAGGGAAACGAAUCGCCCAAAGAGGUUAAGCACGAGCCCGACGAGACCUGGGACUACUGAGGGCCUUCUUGCCAAAUAAUGUCUCCAAAGUGAUGUUUUAAAUAUAGUUGCAAAGAUUUAUCGUGUAUAUAUAUGGAUAUAUAUAUAAAUAUAUACAUAUAUAUAUAUAUAUAUACAUAUAGGAUUUUUUCAUGGCUAAGCCUGCUAGAUCCCUAAGCGUAUUAUUUAAUACACGAGUCCUGCCUACUGACUUAUUGGGCAUUAUCAAGAUUUAAGUGAGAAUUGCAUUAUCGACUGAUGGUAUAAAUGUUUUUUUUUUAUCGUUAUCAUGAUCAUUGUGGUUAUUAUUAUUGAUAGGGGUUAGGUUACAGAGCUUAAUCAAACUCGAAAUAGUAUUUAAUGUCUUCCGGACGAUAAUCCCGUUCGAAUUACGGUUAUUUAUAUCCGAAUCAAAAGGACUUUACGGCGGACCCAAUAGAACAGGGUUCGAUACCAGUGCAAUGUAAUUUUUUUUUUUUUUUUUUUUUUAUAGUGGGGGUUUGUUAGGUAUAUUAUGUACAUAUAGGGAAUUUAAUUUUCUUUUUGUAUAAAUGAUAGUAGUAUUGAAAUGUUAUUGAGUUAUUGAUUAAUUAGUUGUGUAGGGUAUUAGUUAUUAAUGUUGAUGUUAUAUAUUUGUCAAUCCGCCGAUUUUAAAUAUUAUAAUUAUUA